AGCGGACACUUUAAGCGACUACAUUUUUCUCGGGAAGACUUUCAUCCGAGCACCAACUCGCUCUUAUGCUGAUGCAAGUUCAAUGAGUGAGCUGUCAUUUGGUGUAGGCUAAUACACGUGUCGAGAUGACAGAUUGUCAAGGGGAUGCUGCGAGAAGUCCAAUGGAGCUCUAUGAGGAACUGGCAGCACAGGGGGACAAAGUGAGGGUCUUAAAAGCUGCUAAAGCUGAGAAGGCUGAGAUUGAAAGCGCAGUGAAGUCCCUGCUCAAAUUGAAAGUGGACUACAAACAAGUGACGGGCCAGGACUACAAAGCAGGAUGCCCGCCGUCCGAAAACUCACUCACCUCAGAAAAUGGCCUUGCAGCAGAUGGCAACAAUGGUGACGAUGAAGUUAACCCCUGGAAUGUGUCAACGAACAACGCCAAGGGCGUUGAUUAUGACAAACUCAUCGUGCGCUUUGGCAGCAGUAAAAUCGACCAAGUGUUGGUAGAUAGAAUAGAGAAAGUCACAGGGCAGAAACCUCACCACUUUCUCCGUCGAGGAAUCUUCUUCUCACACAGAGACAUGCAUCAAGUGCUGGACACGUACGAGAAGCACAAGUCUUUCUUCCUGUACACUGGCAGAGGACCCUCAUCGCAGGCCAUGCAUGUUGGGCACCUCAUCCCCUUUAUCUUCACCAAAUGGCUGCAGGAUGUGUUCGACAUCCCCUUAGUGGUCCAGCUCACGGACGACGAGAAGUACCUGUGGAAGGACCUGACGCUGGAGCAGUGCCACCAGUUCGCCGUGGAGAACGCCAAGGACAUCAUCGCGUGCGGUUUCGACGUCGACAAGACCUUCAUCUUCUCCGACCUCGACUAUAUGGGUGCGUCGCCGCAGUUCUACAGGAAUGUGGUGAAGAUCCAAAAACAUGUGACAUUCAACCAAGUCAAAGGCAUCUUCGGCUUUACGGACAGCGACUGCAUCGGAAAGAUCAGCUUCCCGGCCAUCCAGGCAGCCCCUUCCUUCAGUAACUCUUUUCCACACAUCUUUGGAGACAAAAAGGACAUUCAGUGUCUCAUUCCCUGUGCUAUAGACCAGGACCCCUACUUCCGAAUGACCCGCGACGUGGCCCCGAGGAUCGGCUACCCCAAGCCAGCCCUGCUGCACUCCACUUUCUUCCCCGCCCUGCAGGGGGCGCAGACCAAGAUGAGCGCCAGCGAUGCCAAUUCUUCCAUCUUUCUCACCGACACACCGAAACAGAUCAAGAACAAGAUCAACAAGUAUGCAUUUUCGGGGGGGAAAGACACUGUGGAGGAGCACCGGAAGUACGGCGGUAACGUAGAAGUGGACGUCUCCUUCAUGUAUUUGACCUUCUUCUUGGAAGACGAUGAUAAGCUGGAGAAGAUCAGACAGGACUACGCAAGCGGCGCUCUCCUAACCGGAGAACUUAAGAAGAUGUUGAUUGAAACGCUGCAGCCAAUUAUCGCCGAGCAUCAGGAGCGACGCAAGCAAGUGACAGACGAGACAGUCAAGCGGUUCAUGACGCCCCGGCCUUUGAAUUUUAACCUCUAGCUUGCAGCUUGAUGAACAACAACAAAUGCAUCUUGAUCAAAACUCAUGAAAAAAAUGAAGAGCGGUUUCUAUCAGGGGUGGGGAAAAAUGUUGGUGUCCUUUACUGGAAGGAAGAAUUGAAAACUGGGAUGUGUGAUUCUAAAGUGUAAAUUAAACUAAUGUCUCACUUCAA